UGAAACUAGACGUGAUUACUGAUGUAUUUGUCCUGAAUUUAGAAAAAAAACAUUUCUUGACGCACAGCUCUCCACAGGGUGGGAGAUCGUUGGCUCUGUGCCUUGUUCAGUAUAACGUCACUCCCUAAUCUUGGAAGCCAUUCGACUUGAGGUUAUUUCAAACACAUCUCAGUUCCCAAUAAUAAAAGAAAGACCAUUUCCUCUUCAAAAAUCCACAACCCUGGCGUAAAUCGCUAUUGUACUUCGCAACCUGCAUCAAAGGCUUCCGGUCCGAAUUCGGCAACUACAUCCCAGAGCUGGCAAAAGGUUUAAAUACUCUGAACUUUCAAGUAAAGAGCAGAUAUGGAUGCCAAUCUUCUGUACGCCUAUCAAACCCAGAAUACUUCGGACCGACCCAAAAUGGGUAUGGAAACACCUUUCGGACCGCACACAGCGUUCUUCUACGGAACCUUGAUGGCGCCAAAGGUGUUAUCGCGUGUAUGCUUCGGGCCAAACGUUCCGUUGAACACAACGAAGCAUGGAAAGCUCAAUAUACGGCCAGCUCUACUACAAAAUUUUCGACGGCAUCGCGUGUUGAACGUAGACUACCCAGCAAUACUGCCUUGUGAGGGAAGCACAGUUCGUGGAACCUUAGUAUCAGGUUUAACGGAUGGUGAUCUGUGGCGAUUGGACAUUUUUGAAGGCGAUGAGUAUGAAAGAAGAAAAGUCCUUGUGCGGGAAAUAAACUACGAAGGCGACCUGAAGGUCGAGCCAAGUGAAGAUCAGUUGGGGGUCACGGUUGAGGCGGAGACGUACGUUUGGAUUGGCCCAAAAAGUGACCUUGAUGAUCACGAAUGGGACUUCCAGGAAUUUGUCAGAGACAAGAUGUGGGCAUGGGUUGGUAGUAGCGGGGAGGAGAGAAGCGACUACAAAGAUGUGGACGAUGCUGUACGGGCAAUCGAGAACGAUCAAAAUGACCCAACUCGCGGUCGUGGUCUUGACGGAAAAAUUGGCAAGGCUCUUGAAAUAGGAGGUGACAAAGAGGCGGAUGUGACUAAGACCGCGGUGUAGUUUCCAAUACGUCAAUCUGGAAGAUACCAUAGAGGAAAUUAAAGACCAUUUCAAGGCUUGUGAUUUCCACUCUCUUCUAUCUGUGCAGCCUAGUUUUCAUGUCCGGUUGGGAAAGUAGGAGGCUUAGAGUAGUCGAGAACACCAAACAUUGAUGUCACUGGCGGAGUAGUCCAUAUUUGGUCUUUCGAUUAUCUUUAGUGUGCUACA